AUGCAAAUUAGUUCAUUAUCUGUUGAUAAGCGAAGUAAUGUGACACAACUGAAAACACCAAAGGAGUUGGGAUAUUAUUCUCGAACUAUUGACGAUGAAAUAUUUGUGAAUGAUGAGAGAAAUUUGGCUUAUUAUUAUUUCACAGACGAUGAGUUCUAUAAAAAUCAAAGUAUUGAUUUGAUGGAAGGGCGGAGGCAAUUUCAAGAUCGUAGUAUGGUCAUUUCUGAUCCAUGUUCAUUGAAAGGUUUAUUAGAUACUGUAAGAGAGACUGAAAAAAAAUUUAAAAGAAGAAUAAAGGCUGAUAUUAUCACAUUUCGAGGUAUAAUACGAAAAUUGAUAAGCUACGCAAUUGAAGAUUCAAAGUAUGUUGAUCCAAUUAACUUGCAGAUAAUACAUUUUGAUGGUCAGAUAUUUAUUAAGGAAGUGAUACAAAAUAGUGAUUUAAGGAAAUAUGAUUCUAACACGAUUCAGACCAGUUAUGGGGUAGAUUUGGGAUCCUUUAGUGGGUACAAAUUUGAGACAUUGGUUACAAUACCGAAGCCAUUUAGUUUGGUGGAUAGGAACACCAUUGAAAAGAGGCCUAGUCAGUUGGUUACUAAUGGAAAUGAAUAUGCUACUGUUGUGGGGACAGGAAUCGGGUCUAAUAAAAUUAUUCUUGGAGCUGAGAUUGAUGCAAUAUAUGAUUUUGAACCUAGUAUAGAUGAGGAUGAUAGUAAACUCACACAUUAUAUUGAAUUGAAAUGCACAAGACAGAUUCAAAGUGAAAGAGAUUGUUUAAAUUUUGAAAAGAAAAUGUUUAGGACUUGGUUACAGUGUUUUUUGGUGGGGAUUCCUCAUGUAAUUUACGGCUUUCGUGAUGAUCAGUAUCAACUGAAAACCAUUGAAGAGUAUCGAACUGAAGAGAUCCCCACUUUGGUGAGUUCCUCAAUGAGACAACAAUUUAAUGAUUCUAUUAAAUGGUAUGGAUGUCUUAUAGAUUGGUUGAAAAGCACUAUAUCAGAUCAUAGUAAAGGAAAAGAAAUUAGUUGUUAUAGGUUAACUAGUGGUGUGAAAGAAUUAAUAUUAGAGUGUAUUGCUGUCGACACGAAAGAGUAUGAAGAAAUGAUAAACAAUCCUAAUUUUAUUGAUCCAGAGUUUAAAGAAUGGAGACAGUCUUUGAAAUUUUAA